AUGAGACGUGACAGCAACAGGGAGCCGCGUGAGGAGGAGAUUGGCGCAAAGGGAGCGCUCCAGGCCACGGCCUUGGCUGUGACGCACAGUGAUGAUGUUCAAUGUUCAGGGGAAGCAUCCCUUCGAUGUACAAAUGGUCUCACUAGGUUUGGAGAAGGCACCUUCACCCGGGGGGGUUGUGCACAGGAAGCCUCAGACGGUGUGACGUCACCGAGUCAGCUGGCUUGUGACCAUCCACGUGGUGUCACCCGAAAGGAGCGAAGCAGCAGUGACCGUGGGGUUAAGUCCCGGAACGAGCUCCCAGUGGGGCUGCGCUUGAAGCCAGCAGUCGGGGACUCUACGGAAAGGCAUGUCUUGGUUGGCAGGGAACAGGCACCGACGCCGCUGUCUCCACAGAGCAGGCGCCGAGGCCGCUGUCCCCACAGGGCGGGCGCCGAGGCCGCUGUCCCCACAGAGCGGGCGCCGAGGCCGCUGUCCCCCACAGGACGGGCGCCGAGGCCGCUGUCCCCCACAGGACGGGCGCCGAGGCCGCUGUCCCCCACAGAGCGGGCGCCCAGGCCGCUGUCCCCACAGAGCGGGCGCCCAGGCCGCUGUCUCCACAGGACGGGCGCCCAGGCCGCUGUCUCCACAGGACGGGCGCCGAGGCCGCUGUCCCCCACAGGGCGGGCGCCGAGGCCGCUGUCCCCCACAGAGCGGGCGCCGAGGCCGCUGUCCCCCACAGAGCAGGCGCCGAGGCCGCUGUCUCCACAGAACAGGCACCGAGGCCGCUAUCCCCCACAGGACGGGCGCCGAGGCCGCUGUCUCCACAGAACAGGCACCGAGGCCGCUGUCCCCCCACAGGACGGGCGCCGAGGCCGCUGUCCCCCCACAGAGCAGGCGCCGAGGCCGCUGUCUCCACAGGGCGGGCGCCGAGGCCGCUGUCCCCCACAGGACGGGCGCCGAGGCCGCUGUCCCCCACAGGACGGGCGCCGAGGCCGCUGUCUCCACAGAGUAGGCACCGAGGCCGCUGUCUCCACAGGGCAGGCGCCGAGGCCGCUGUCUCCACAGAGCAGGCGCCGAGGCCGCUGUCCCCCACAGAGCAGGCGCCGAGGCCGCUGUCCCCCACAGAGCAGGCGCCGAGGCCGCUGUCUCCACAGAGCAGGCACCGAGGCCGCUGUCUCCACAGAACAGGCACCGAGGCCGCUGUCUCCACAGGACGGGCGCCGAGGCCGCUGUCUCCACAGAGCGGGCGCCGAGGCCGCUGUCCCCCACAGGACGGGCGCCGAGGCCGCUGUCCCCCACAGAGCGGGCGCCGAGGCCGCUGUCUCCACAGAGCGGGCGCCGAGGCCGCUGUCCCCCACAGGACGGGCGCCGAGGCCGCUGUCCCCCCACAGAGCGGGCGCCGAGGCCGCUGUCCCCACAGAGCAGGCACCGAGGCCGCUGUCUCCACAGAACAGGCACCGAGGCCGCUGUCCCCCACAGGACGGGCGCCGAGGCCGCUGUCUCCACAGAGCAGGCACCGAGGCCGCUGUCUCCACAGAACAGGCACCGAGGCCGCUGUCCCCCACAGGACGGGCGCCGAGGCCGCUGUCUCCACAGAGCAGGCACCGAGGCCGCUGUCCCCCCACAGGACGGGCGCCGAGGCCGCUGUCUCCACAGAGCAGGCACCGAGGCCGCUGUCUCCACAGAACAGGCACCGAGGCCGCUGUCCCCCCACAGGACGGGCGCCGAGGCCGCUGUCCCCCCACAGAGCAGGCACCGAGGCCGCUGUCUCCACAGAGCAGGCACCGAGGCCGCUGUCUCCACAGGGCGGGCGCCGAGGCCGCUGUCCCCCACAGGACGGGCGCCGAGGCCGCUGUCCCCACAGGACGGGCGCCGAGGCCGCUGUCUCCACAGAGCAGGCACCGAGGCCGCUGUCUCCACAGGGCAGGCGCCGAGGCCGCUGUCUCCACAGAACAGGCACCAAGCUGUGGGUUCUCUGGAUGACAGAAUAGGCUUUUCCACAUUAACUUAACGUUCUCCUUGCCCAGAUUUAUUCUGAAGGUUCAAUGGACCCCUAAACAUAUGAAAUACUGCAUUUUAAGGGACAUUAAAGGGUCUGCACGCCUAUCUUCGCAGUUAUGGAAGCUGCAAGAAUUGAACACUGAAAACUGAGAGGGUCAGGACUCGGCGAAGAGAGAAGAGGUGAUGUCAUCUGAGGAAAGUAACAUGGAAGUCCUCUCACUGGGACCGCCUGAUGCAAGGACCACUUCUUCCGGCCAAUUAGAGCACCUAGCAACGUGCUGGGGUCACUGUAGUUACAGAUGCGCGGAUGAGCCCAGUCCAGAUCAGCUAAGUCUGGCCCAGAAGAUCAGACCUACCCCAAUGAAGACAGCUCAAAUUGCCAGCUGAGAAAUUGCUGCAACUUUCCUGGUGCUCUGGGGCUAAGCUUAAGAACUAAGAUUCAGAGCAAAGCAAGACAAUGCCAGCAGCAGCUCUGGGUGCUUGUGGUGUAGCAGGUUGUGCCAGGGGCAGGUGCAGCCUCCCUGCCUCCCUUACCUUCACCACAGCCACAACAGGCCAGGUGAGCCCAGCCUUCACGUCUCUAGGAUAUCUCGGGGGUCUGAGGCCACCGCACCUUUUGCAGCACGCUCCACUCGCUGAUCUGCGAUAUGGGAGAUGUGUUCACUGGCGAAUAAAUCACCUUGUCACGUUAACAGCCUCUGUCCAAGGUGAGGGACUUGGAGGCCAGCACAGCAGCGUGACAUUGGAUGUAGUGGGUUCUGCUUCUGCGCACGGAGCCUCGUCAUCACAACAUACGUGUUCAAAUACCAGAAGCAAUACAAGGCAACAUCAAGCUUUUUGUCUUCUGAAGGAGAGGAGAAGGAGAUCCUGAAUACAUUUUCUGAAAGGUGCCUCCAGUCCCUCACUGAUCCCGACACGUGGGAGGAAGGAGGGGAGGACGGUGAAGACCAUCAGCAAGGGAGAGCAGGUUCCCUGCCCUAGUCCCUGCCCUGGUUCCUUGCCCUAGUCCCUGCCCUGGUUCCCUGCCCUGCUCCCCUGCCCUGGUCCCCUGCCCUUGUCAUCUCCC